AUGAAGCUUUCCAUCCUUGCUACCCUUGUCGCCAGUGCCGCUGCCUUCACUUCCCAACAGAAGACUGCUGGAUCCAGCACCGCAUUGAACGCCAAAUUCCCUUCCAAAUUGCAAUAUGUUCCAUGCAUCAGCACUGAGGACCUUCCAUCCCCAGGAUCUGCCACUUCUGGUGUUGCUGGUGGACUUGCCAUCUGCAUCGCCGUCGACCCAAAGGGAGCCGUCUAUGCUCUUGGAGACAAGUGUCCUCCUAUCAACCAACCCCUUUCCUUCGGUAAGGUCAACGAUGAUUCCACCAUCCAAGACCCAGUUCUUGGAACCAAGUUCUCCUUGAAGACUGGAGAUGUUGUCGGAGCAUGGUGCCCAUCCGGAAUCGGAAAACUUAUUGGAGGAGCCUUCUCCCCCGUCGGUGUCCCAACCUACCCCGUCAAGAAGGGUAAGGGAACCAUUGAUGUCCAAGUCGAUGUCAACGCCAAGGCCAACUUCGAAGCCAACUACUGGUCCGGAAUCUUGGAUGCCCAAGGAAAGUCCAACGGAAAGUACUACUAG